AUGCUCAUCUACAACAAGUACCAACGAUACUUUACCAACAGAAAUGCUCUUACAGCCGCGGUAAUUGCCGGCAACCUGUUCGCUGUUCAGACUCUGCUCCAUCAGACCGACCCGGUGGUCUGUGACCGUGAUGACAAGUUACUGGUCGAUGCCAUUUAUGGUGGGUCAUUCCCCGUGCUCAAAUAUCUCAUGGACUCGGGCCUGUUCAACAUUGAGGGCAUUUGGAAUGGCAAGGUGGUCCUUAACUCCUUCGCGACCGUCAAUAACUUUCCAGUAUUCGUUCGAGACAUGAUGGAUGCGGUCAAUGUUCCUCAAGAGCUCGUGGAUCAUGCCAAGUUACAUGCACCCAAAUAUAAUGCCAUAAAGUUGUUGACCUCGGGCGAUCAACAACUAAUCAAAGAGUUCCUGUAUAAGGAUGGCGUCAAACAAUUCAAAACACCAAUAUCCUCUGCAAUGAUGAUCGCCAAUGCACUGGCCACAUCCAUCCAGCAACUUGAACACUUUGAACGAUUGUUUGACAUCACCGACCCAGCCGCACAGAACAUUCAGGCACAGAAGCAACUCGAUGAUUCACAUGAAUCAGCUCGUUUGAUUUUAGCUAGUCAUGCUACACCUGAUCAACAUGACAACAAUAACAACAACAACAACAUUGUUAUUGACAAUGAUCAAUGCCUACGGAUUGCCAAGAUUCUCACAAUGCCAAUUGAAUGGAAGGACGAACACCUGGACUCAGUAUAUCGCGAGUACAUCAUCACUGGCGAUUGUAUGUUGAUCCCCCUACUCUUGGAUCAUCGUCGUGACAACUCUUGUGAGCGAGUGAUCAAUCGAAUCAUCAAGCAUGGCACAUUGACACAGGCCAUCGUGGCGAUGAAGUACAUGGACCGAUCGGGCUUGGACAACAGACAUUUUGGAGGAAUACUCCAUUCAUUCAUGAGUGCUGAUGAUAUGUCACGCAGUUUCGAGAUUGUCAAGUAUCUCGAUGGCGAGAAAGUCAUGUUCAAGUAUACAAAUGGCAGUUGCGUUAUUAUAAGAGCGUUCACUGGGACGACAGAGAUGCUAGAGUUCAUACUCGCGGCCAACAUAUUCAAGACCAACACCGGAGACAAGAGAGCCCGACUGGAUCUGUUGGAUGCAGAGCAUGUCAAACUGAUCCUCCCAACAUUGAGUGAUCGGAAUGGCCCUCAUCGAUUAUCAAACCAACUGCGUAUCGCCACCUUCCACGCGCGAAUGGACACACUCAAUCUAUUAUUGGACCAUGUUAAUGCUUUAAAGAAUGGAGAUCAGACUAUUGUUUACACCAUGCCACACACAUACGCAUUCAACAAGGCUGGACCACAUGGACUGCAUCGUGAGGUUAUCAAGUUGUUGGUGGAGAAGGCCGGUCUCACGCCACUCCAAGAUAUAUUUCACCUGAUUGGCAAGCUGGGCGACACCGAGCUGCUGGACUAUGGGCUCACACACUUCUUUGGCAAGCAACUCAAUGCCAACAAACUCCCGACAAUGAUAGGUAAACAAUUGAAUGCCACAAUCCAUGCAGCGAUCAAACUUCACAAUAUGGAUUAUGUCAUACAUGUAUUCACUCAUCACAAGGACAAGAUGUUGGAGAAGAAUGCCACGAGCAAGACACACCACAUAUUGGCCGUCAGCUGUUCCAACUUGGAGAUGUUGGAGUGUCUGUUGCGUGUCGACCCUAUCGAGCGACUGGGCCAGGCCGACGAGUUGUUUGGAGCAGCAAUCAGCCACGGCCACAUUGAGGUGCUGGACUGGCUAAUCGAGCAUCUCGAAGAGUACAGGGCACAAUUCUUGGCGUCACCAAUCAUUAUCAAACCAUUGAUUGAAUCACAUCUCAUUGCAAUGUUACAACAUCUAUUGGACAUUGGUGCCAAGUUUGACCUGAGGAAUAUACACAAUCUAAGGUCAUACAAGAGUAAUCAAAGGGCUCAAUCAAUUGUACAACAGUUCAAGGCGAAAACCGUGGUGGAGCCAAAGUCAAAGGGAACCCUCUCGCUAAAGCGUGACAGUAGCAGUACCGAUAACACAUCAACAGCAUCACAGCAGCAGCAGCAGCCAAACAAGAGAGGCAGGAAGAAAUAA